AUGAAAGAUGAGGGAGGGGAAAGAGACAGAGAAGUGAGCAGCCUGAACAGCAAGCUCCUGAGCCUGCAAGCUGACAUCAAGAAUCUCCAUGAUGUUUGCAGGAGACAGGGGAAGACCUUGCAGGAGAAUCAACUCUGUGUGGAGGAGGCGAUGAUGAACAGCAGCCAUAACAAAAAGCAAGCGUUAGCAUUCGAGGAAUCACAGAUGGAGUUUGGGCCCAGUAAACAGUGCCAUCUGAGACAGCUCCAACAGCUCAAGAAAAAAUUGCUGGCCCUUCAGCAAGAACUGGAGUUUCGCACAGAGGAGCUGCAGACUUCUUACUGUUCCCUCCUGCAGUAUCAGUCUGUCCUAGAGAAGCAGACUUCUGACCUGGUUCUUCUUCACCAUCACUGCAAACUGAAAGAAGAUGAGGUGACUCUCUAUGAGGAGGAAAUUGGAAAUCAUACUGGGAGCACAGGGGAGAAGCUCCACUUGGCACAGGAGAAACUCGCCUUGGCCGGGGACAAGAUUGUCUCCCUAGAAAGAAGCUUAAACCUCUACAGGGAUAAAUACCAGACUUCCCUAAGCAACAUUGAAUUACUGGAGUGCCAAGUGAAGAUGUUGGAAGGGGAGCUCAGCGGGAUUGUCAGUCAGGAACCUGAAAGCAAGGGUGAUCAUUCAAAGGUGCGCAUAUACACUUCUCCCUGCAUGAUUCAAGAGCAUCAAGAAACUCUGAAACGACUGUCUGAAGUCUGGCAAAAGGUCUCUGAACAGGAUGAUCUGAUCCAGGAACUUCGGAAUAAGCUAGCCUGCAGUAAUGCUUUGGUUCUAGAGCGUGAAGAGGCUUUGAUAAAAUUACAAGCAGACUUUGCUUCUUAUACAGCCACCCACCGACAUCCUCCUAGCUCCUCAGAAGAUUGUGAAGACAUCAAAAAGAUCUUGAAGCACCUACAGGACCAGAAGGACAGCCAGUGCCUGCAUGUGGAGGAAUACCAGAACCUCGUGAAGGACUUGCGCAUGGAGCUCGAGGCUGUGUCAGAACAAAAGAAAAACAUCAUGAAGGAAAUGAUGAAGCUGGAGCUGGACCUGCACGGGCUGCGGGAGGAGACAUCUGCCCAUUUGGAGAGGAAGGACAAGGAGGUCAUGAUCCUGCAGCACCGGCUGCAGGAGCUGCAGAUGCAGUUAACUGAGACCCAAAAGCUGGGUUUGAAGAAAGACGCGCUCCUCCAAGAGAAAGAUGAAAUGCUGCACGAGCUAGAGAAGGAACUGACACAGGUUCAGACAACCCUCCUGAAAAAAGAGAUGGAGUGGGAGAAGCAGCAGCUAAUCACAACAGAACUUGAAAUCGCCAUCCAGGAGGCGAAUCAGGAUAAGAGCAAGGAGGAGUGUGAGGCCCUGCGCACUGAGAUCCAGAAGCUGAAGGACCAUCUCGAAGAUGCCCAACAGCAGCAGAAGCUGGCUGCUCAGCAAGCAGCCCAGUACAAAGAAGAGGCCAGCAAUGCAAAGAAUGACCUGGAGGAUUCCCAGAGGAAACUGCAAAGCUGCAUUCUCUCAGAGAAGCAGAAGGAAGACACCAUCCAGGAGCUUCAGAGAGCACUUCAGAAGCUGCAGAAGGAUUCCUUGAUGGCUGAAGAGGAACUUACACCCAACAGGAAACGGAUAGAGGAGCUGACAUCAGAACUCUCUGAGGUCCUGAAGAAGCUUGAAAAUUCAGACAAGGAAAAGAAGCAGCUUCAGAAGACAGUGAAUGAGCAGGAUAUGAAAAUGAAUGAAUUGCUAGAUCAUAUCAAACUCCUUCAACACCAGCACAGGGAGCUAACCUCCAUCAAAAGCACUCAAGAGGAGGAGCUUAAGGAAUUAACAAGGUUAGUGGAGGAGAAACGGGAACAGUUGAAAAAGAGCAAAGAAAAGGAAAAGCUGAUGGAGGUAGAGAUCGAGUCAUUGCAACUGGAAGAAAGAAAGAAAGAAAAGACGUCAAAAGAAACGUUGCGAAAUUUGGAGGAAGAAAAUGAGAAUCUCAAACUACAGUUUAAGCAGCAUUCUACACAACUAGAGACCUCUGUCAGCAAAUACAACUCCUCCCAGAAAGUCAUCCAAGAGCUGAAUAAUGAGGUUGCCAUUCAGAAGAAUGCCUUAGCGAGUCUGCAGGCCCAGCUAGACAAGGCUAUACAGAAAGAGAAGCACUGUCUCCAGACCAUGGUCAGUAAAGAAGCCUAUGAGGAAUUAUCCCGGAAGUCAGCCGCCUGCCAAGAUGACCUGACACAAGCUCUCGAAAAGCUCAAUCAUACGAUAUCAGAGACCAAGAGCCUGCACCGAAACUUGACACAGGCCCAAGAUAGGAAAGUUCAGCUGGAAGAUGAAAUCAUGGCUUAUGAGGAGAGGAUGAAAAAACUCAACAUGGAAUUAAAAAAACUUCAAGGCUUCCAUCAGGAGAGUGAGCUAGAGGUGCAUGCCUUCGACAAGAAGCUGGAGGAAAUGAGCUGCCAAGUGCUGCAGUGGCAGAAGCAGCACCAGAGCGACCUCAAGAUGCUGGCCGCUAAAGAAGAGCAGCUUCGGGCCUUCCAGGAGGAAAUGGCCACCCUGAAAGAGAGCCUCCUUGCUGACGAGAAGGAGAUCUGUUGCUUGCCCCCGCGGUCUGCGCCCAAAGACCCCUGUAGGCUGCGCCAAGAGAACGAUCAGAUCAUGACCAACAUGGAGCAAUGGGCCAAAGAUCAGAAGAUCGCCAAUGAGCAAUUAGGAAACAAGCUCCGUGAACAGGUCAAAUAUAUCGCCAAGCUGACUGGUGAAAAGGACCACCUCCACAAUGUAAUGGUCCACCUGCAACAGGAAAACAAGAAGCUGAAGUGCGAGAUAGAGGAGAAGAAGCUGAAAUCAGGGCACCCAAGGUUGUGCACCAAAGCCCUGCUCCCAGGCAAAACAGAGGUCACACAAAGGGGCAAACUGUGUGGCACCUUGGGCUGGAGGGGGACCACCCCAGACAUGAGGCAAAGAAUGGAUGUCACCAAGUUUGUCGGGAUUCCCCACUGUUCAGCCAAACAAAAGCGAAGAAAAGUCACUGCUUAUAGCAACACAGGGUGCCAGGACUCAGGAAAGGCGAAUUCCAGAAAUGCCGUGUAA